AUGCCAAUACUCCCACUAAUACAGAUUGAGUCGGAUUGCGGGUCAUUGGGUAAAACCAUCCAAAAAGGUGAUGCUCCCACCCGUUGUGUGACUGAGCACACACAUGCGAAGGAAUCAACGGAAGUUGUUGAGCGCGGUGUUGAUUGUCCUACUCUGGAUGCGGAUGAAUCCGCGGGUGAGUUGCUCUUAGCAUGCGAAUUUGCUGGUCUACGUAUUGUAGAUGCAACAAAUCGUUGUGAAGUUACCAGAGCAGAUGUUCUUUUGGUACUGUUGCCGACGAUGGAAGAGCUGGUGCAGCUCGAAGAAGUCACUUACGAUGAUAUCCUAGACGACCUCAAGUGUGACGACAUUGCCUAG